GAAGGUAUAAAACCGCCUGCAUUUCCCCCAGACUGACUAUAGACAUACGGGAAGUUAUAGAGACAGCGGCGCGUCUUCUCACCUGCUAAACCUAUUCAGUCACAAUGCUAUCACGCAGAAAAUUGAUUGUGCCUUUGAUCUUGGCUUUGGCUGGUCUUGCUCUCUCAGCCCCCGUUACUGAUGGAACCGACACAGACAAUGAUGAGAUGGCAGCUGCCUUGCUAGCACACACUAAUGGUGCUGAACAUGACGAUGCCCCUACAGGUAGACCCAUAGUUGAAUCAGCAACUGAAGAAUCUGCAGGGACCACCGAUCGGGCUGACUCUGCAGAGCUCACUGGAGAUUCCAAUGAUACGUCCACAGACACCAACAAUGGUGAAGCAAGCGUGGAAACCACAGGCCAUCCUGAAACCCCAGAUGCAGCGGACUCAACAGACCACACAGACACAGUGGAUGAAGCUGAUGCCUUUGCGGUUGGGACAGAGACUGUAGACUCUGCUGAUUCAACAGACACCAAUGCAGAUUCAGAGGCUGUUAAACCUGAAGCGGCCAAAGAGACUGUUGACUCAGCCGAUGUGGACACAUCUCCAGAAAAUGUCUCCACAGAACAGGACGACCAGGUUGACAAGGACGACAACGUCAAAUCAGACGAAGACACAACAGCGGUGACAGACGUGCAAGCUGACACUGCUGAUGUGACCAGUGAUGAGACAGGCGAGGCCCCGGAUAUGGACCAAGACGAUAACAAAAGUGACGCAGAGGAUGCAGAUGAAGACAAAACUCUAGGCACUGACCCUAAAAAUGCUAAAGCAGACGAUAGUGAAGAGGAUAAGGACAGUUCACAUGAGCCUGAGGCUGUUGCUGAGGGGAAGAACAGUGAAGAAGAAUCAAAGGAAGAGGCGGACGGCGACAGCAAACACGAUGACACUGACUUGGAUUCAGACAAGGCCAAGGACACAGACGAGGACAGUCAACAGGACACUGACACAGGCGACAACAGGCCAGACACAGAUGACCAGAAAGAUAGCAAAGAGAGCAACGAAGAGGGACCAUGGGUCGUGAAGGAGGAACCGAAAGAUCGGGGAAUGGAAGAAAAAGACAGCGAGAGCCAACAGGACACCUCAGAAGAGGACAAGAAGCCAGACACAGAUGAUGAAAAAGACCCCAACAGCGCACUCGACAGUAAAGACAGCAGCGAAGGCCAGGCCCGGGUGCCGGAAACAGACCAGGAGGAGAAAGCCACGGUGGACAGCCAGGAAAAGCCUGAAACAGCAAGCACUGAGGAAAGAGGUGACUUGAGGGACCAAGAGGUCAGUCCUGACGACAGUGUGGAAGAAGGCAGCCCUGUAGGGGGCCAAGAUCUCAAGCCUUCAAAGGAUUCAGAUGAGACAGAGCUGGUGAUGAAGGAGAUUAACCCCGACAUGACAGAGUCUGAGAGUAAGGAGAGUACGAGGGACAGUGAGGAAGACAGCCCGGAGGAGAGUGAGGAUGACACAAGCAGACCUCAGACUGAAGCAGACUUCAGUGUUAUGGUUGGAGUCAGCAUCACCUCUAAACCACAAGACGAUAACAGUGAAGAUAACACAGAAAACCAGCCAGAGGAUGAUAGCAUGAUGAGAGAGCCAGAAGAUUCUAACAAUUCUGACAAGGAUGAUAAGGACAAAGAUGACUCUGAUUCAGAUGAUGAUGAUUCACAUGCAGAGACAGACGCAAAUUCACACACAGGUUUGUACUCAGAUGAGGACGAGACAGAUGAGGAUUCCCAUGAUGAGUCAAUGGCAAAAGAUGACGAUAUAGACGAGAUGGACGGAGUUGAAACAACAACUCGAGAUUCAGACGAAACAAUGAAGUCUGAUGAGAUGGAUGUUGCUGAUGACAAAACAGAAGCAGUGGCAGCUGUGGUUCCAGACCAACCAGAUCAUCUGGACGACAUGGCGCAGGUGGCUGAGCCUGCUGCCACCGUCCCAGUAAUCCAGUCUUAGCAGUGUAGGUGGAGCCCAGAGGAGUUUGAAAGACCCAUCAUGGUGAAUCCCACGGAAAUGUUAUCCUGCAGUCAGCAACAGCAUCAACAAAAACUAUAGUGAAACGUUUGUCUUAAGUUCCUUAACCCACUCUUGCCCCUCAAAGAGGUGAAAAUGUCAACGUGGCUAAAACUAUUUAAGUGUUUUGGUGAACAUUACCUUUUUACCCACAUGUUUACAUCUAAAGGGUACUUAGAUUUUUCGUAAAUUGGCAACAUUUUUAAACGCAGUUUUUGUUACAAACAGGAUAUUUAAGUUGAGAAGUCUUCAUUACACUACUGUAGCAUACUGAUCAAAUCUUCAAAAUGUUUCUUUUACAAUGCCCAUAUGUCACUUUUUGUAAGAUAGCAUUUAGUCAUUCUAGGUUUGCUAUGUUUCUGCAGGUUAUGGGUUUCUACAAUUUAUCUCUUGCCUUCAUAUUAUGUGUUGCUGUUUCAUUCUUGGCAGAAAGCUGAACUGGCACUUUGUCCUUCUAACCGAUAAUGGCUGCUACAUUUGAAAUAUAACUCCAACUGACUCUCAGUACAACAUUCCUUUUAAAAUUGUAAGAAAAAUAAGGUCAUAUAUAUACAAUUAAGUGUACAUACAUGUUAUUACAUUACUAUGUAUUUGAUAAAGUAUACAACAAAUCUAGAGAAAGUACUAGAAAAAAUGUGCUUUAAAAUGGUUUGGAAAAAUUGUAAAAUAACAUUUGAAUAGACAUAAUGAGACCUUUUUAAUAUUACACAGGGGGAAAAAUCAAAUAAAGAUUGAGCUGUCAGAGACAUUU